AUGGAUAAUUUAUUGAAAAAAAAUAGAGCCUUACAUAGUUUAUCAAAGCUACAAUAUAAGGAGGAUAUUAAUAUUGUUAGUGAAUUAAAGAUGGGAAAUGUUUUUGAUGACGUAAAUCAAGGCUUAUCUAUUGAUGAUCUUCCAGAUGAAUUAGAGACUGAGAUUCCUGACAGAGAUGGUGAUCCAUAUACAUUUGAUACUGUCAAACGAUCAAUGAUACAUGGUCCUUGUGGUGCUUUUAUGCAAAAUGCCCCAUGUAUGAAAAAUGGAAGGUGUUCUAAGGGAUAUCCAAAGCAUUUUCAGGAAAGUACUGCUGUAAAUAAUGAUGGGUACCCUAUUUACAAGCGAAGAGACAAUGGAAAAACAGUAGAAGUGCAUGGAGCAACAUUAGAUAACAGAUGGGUUGUUCCGUAUAAUCCAUAUCUUUCUACUAGAUAUGAUUGCCAUAUAAAUGUAGAGAUUUGUUCAUCCAUUACUGCAGUAAAGUAUCUCUUUAAGUAUGUCUAUAAAGGACAUGAUCGUGCUACUGUAGAAAUAAGAAGACAAAACCACAAGCAAGAAAGUAAUGAUGAGAUAAGUCUCUACCUUGAUGCUCGAUAUGUUUCAGCAUCAGAAGCUUCAUGGCGAUUAUUUCAUUAUCGAUUGCAUGAUAGAAGUCCAGCUGUUGUACACCUCCAAGUUCAUCUUCCAGGACAGCAUAGAGUUAUAUUUCGGGAUGAUGAAUGUUUAGAAAAUGUAGUUGAACGUGCCAAUUCUGAAAAAACAACACUUACAGCAUGGUUCCAAGCUAACACAUUAUAUCCUGAAGCAAGAGAGCUUACUUAUGGAAAUUUUCCUACUCAGUGGGUUUAUAACAGGCAAACCAAUAAAUGGAGCCCAAGGCAACUUUGUGGUGCUACUUCUUUUGAAAAUCUCCGCAUUGUCAAUGGAGUUUUAUAUAAUACUUUCAAGGAAGCCUGUGCCAUUUUAGGAUUGCUACAGAAUGGUGAAGAAUGGGAUCAAUGUUUAGCAAAAGCUGCUCAGGUACAGACUGGAUCACAACUACGUAAUUUGUUUGCUACACUACUUCUGUUUUGUGAUCCAGUAAGACCUGAGAAUCUUUGGGAGAAGUAUUUUUAUGCUCUUAGUGAUGAUAUGCGAUUUCAAGUUCAUGAUAAUGUUGAAAAUACUGAUAUCCACAACCAAGCUUUAACCCAUUUGCAAUCAAUUUUAAAUAGGCAUGGAAAAUGUCUUAAAGAUUUUCCUGAUAUGCCCAUACCUGAAGUUCUUUCUGAUUGUGAUCAAGACAAUUAUCUAAUUUAUGAAGAACAAAGCUAUAAUAUUGAAGAGCUUACUCAAACAGUUGAAAAUGGAAUUCCUCAAUUAAAUGCAGAUCAGAAAGUUGCAUUUGAAAAAGUUAUAACUGCUGUGGAAAAUCAAACCCCUGCUAUGUUUUUUAUUGAUGGUCCAGGUGGAACAGGAAAAACUUUUUUAUAUAAUGUUCUACUUGCAAAGAUUCGUUUAGAUGGACAUAUUGCUCUGGCAAUAGCUUCUUCAGGUAUUGCUGCACUUCUUUUACCAGGUGGCCGAACUGCCCACUCCCGAUUUAGAAUACCUAUUAAUUUAAAUGAAGAUUCUACCUGUUCCAUCUCUCAUGGCUCUGAUACAGCCUUACUAUUGCAAAGAACAAGUCUUAUUGUAUGGGAUGAAGCUCCAAUGAUGCAUAGAUAUGCAUUUGAAGCUGUAGAUCGCACUUUAAAAGACCUCAUGAAAGCUGUUGAUCCUGAUUUGGAAGGAAAACCAUUUGGAGCAGAUGCUCGUAGAAUAUUGCAUAAUCCAACAAUUCCACGUGCUCCGCAUUCCUUAGCAAUAAGUCGAAUACUGGUUAAAUCUGAUAAUAAUAACGCUUUAAGAAAAGAUUCAGCAGAUUUGCUGAUAUUUUCCUUUUCCUCUUUAAUGACAGCCCUCACUAUUCCCAUUAAACGAUUUGCUUCUUGUUCUGAAAGAAAGGUCUUUGCACGAGGAAAACUUGGACAAGAUUUAUCUUUUUGA